AGUAACUUCUGUAUUUUUCUGUAAAAGGACAAGAGUAAGCGAGUGAGAAGGAUGAAAUGGUGAAGUAUUAACGAUGAGGUCUCUCUAUGUUUGUCUUUCUGCAGUCCUGCUGUCAGUCUCAGUACGGGGUCACACAGAUUUUGUUCAUGGUUGGUCAAUGACAAUCGCGGAUGGAGUGAGGGCUGAGGAAGGAGGCUCCGCUGUCUUACCCUGCAGCUUCACCCACCCUGACACUCACCUCACACUCACCGGCUCCAUCUUAUGGUACAAGGAGGAAACACAGGCUUUAAUCUUUAAGUGUAUAUAUCCUGGUCCAGACCAUUCCCAUGGUGAGCUGUGUGAGAAUGUGAUACAGCGGGACAGUGGGAAUCGAUUCAGAUUCGUGGGGAACCUCAGCAACAAAGAUGCCUCAAUAAUGAUGGAGGGACUGAGCUGGAAGGAUGCUGGGUCCUAUUGGUGUUGUGUGGAUCUCAAUAUUGACAAGUUUGGAUCUGGAAAAGGAACACGCUUGAAAGUGAAAGGUGAGGAACAAUGUUCGGAUGUGUCACUGCCCUGACAGCUCA